AUGGCGUAUAUAAGAUUACCAACUGACGACUACGUUGAUGAUGAGUCGCUCAUCCAGAAAGAAGUUCAAGCUGUCUUCCAAAAACCCAAGAAGAAGCCGAUGUGGAAAGCGCUUCUCUGCCUUAUCGGAUACUUAGUAUUCGUCUCCUUGACUGCCACUUUAUACUGGUUCUUGAGCGAAAAAGAUGAAAAACAAAAUGUCAUUUUCAUGGUCACCGAUGGAAUGGGUCCUGCUUCGUUAUCGCUUGCUCGUUCGUUUAAACAAUACAGAGACAACCUCGGCAUUGAUGAUGUUUUGGCUUUGGACACUUUGCUUAUCGGUUCGUCCCGUACUCGCUCAAACGACUCUUUAGUGACUGACUCUGCUGCUGGUGCUACUGCCUUCUCAUGUGCUUUGAAGACAUACAAUGGCGCUAUUGGCGUUGACUCAGACAAAAACCCUUGUGGAACGAUCUUGGAAGCUUUGAAGUUAAAUGGCUGGCUCACUGGGCUUGUUGUGACCACCAGAAUAACCGAUGCCACUCCAGCUGCUUUCAGUGCUCAUGCUGACUAUCGCUUCCAGGAAGACCUCAUCGCACAGCAUCAAUUAGGCGAGUACCCAUUGGGCAGAAUGGUAGAUUUGAUGAUCGGUGGUGGAAGGUGCCAUUUCCUUCCCAGAUCAGAGAGCGGAGGCUGUAGAAACGACAAUAGAAAUUUGAUUUUAGAGGCGCAAGAUAAAGGAUGGUCUUAUGCCGGAGACAGAGAGGCUUUUGACGAAUUGCAAGAGGGCAAAAACGUGUCGUUGCCACUUCUUUCCCUCUUAGCCCCCACAGACAUUCCCUAUGACCUUGAUAGAGAUCCCAAAGAACACCCUUCGUUGGCCGAGCAGGUGAGGGUCGCUCUUACUGCCUUGUCUAAGGCGACAAGAAAGUCGAAAAAGGGCUUCUUUUUGCUCAUUGAGGGCUCUAGAAUUGACCAUGCUGGUCACCAUAACGACCCUGCGGCGCAAGUGAGAGAGGUGUUGGCAUACGAUGAAGCGAUGAAGGAAGUGAUGAAGUUUGUUAAAAACACUUCGACGAAGACGACAGUAAUUUCGACCUCUGACCAUGAAACCGGUGGUUUAUCCACCGCUAGACAAAUUACUGAGAGCUACCCAGACUACUUGUGGUACCCUGAAGUUUUGCUCAAUAGUAGUCACUCUGGUGAGUAUUUGGUGAAGAAGGUGAUGAGUAAGCUGGCUGAACUUUCCCAUGAUAGAACGUUGCUCCAAUCUUUUAUUGCAAAAGAAAUUAUUGAAAAGGACAUGGGUAUCAAAGACUACACCGAAGAAGAGGUUUCUGCAGUAGAGGAGCUUUCUAAGAAUGCCAACAAGCUUUUGGGAUUCCUUAACAACAUGAUCUCAGUUCGGUCUCAGACGGGUUGGAGCACUUCUGGCCACUCAGCUGUUGAUGUCAAUAUUUAUGCCUUCUCUAACUCGGAGAAGAUUACUCAAAAGCUUUUGCAAAAAGAGCCUUACACUGGAUUGUUGGGCAACCAUGAAAACAUUGAAAUUGGAGCUUUUAUGUCAGAAAUUACCGGUGCAGACUUGGCAAGGGUCACUAAGUUGAUAAGGGACACGAAGCACUCACCAAAGAGUGUCCACGAAUUGGAAGCCUCCAGCGACGAUUUACACAUGCAUGCUGUGCAAAAAGCACACUAA